AUGCACGCCAGCGGGCGCUGCUUUGGCCGCCUGACGGACGCGUGGCGUCACCAGUUCCCGGAGGCCAUAGAGAUCCCUCGCUGGGGCGAGCUGUCUAGGGCGGGUGUUGCCAUCUAUGAUCUUGAUUUUGAUGCUAUUCUUUCUGCCAUGUAUGCUGUGUCUAUUAGUGAUGAGGGUGGCUGUUACCGGUGUUUCCCGCCCGAUCCGGGCAUUGAGACUGCUGCUCUAGGUACUGGUGAGGCGGCUGCCCUAGGUGCUUGCGACGCUGCUGCUCUAGGUGCUAGUGGGUCUGCGUCCUCAGGUACUGGUGAGUCUGCGCUCUCAGGUACUACGUCGGCUUCGACCUCCCUCACCUUCACCCUUGACUCUGGGGCUUCUCGCUCCUUCUUUCGGGACCGCACCACACUUACGCCGCUUAGUCGGCCGGUUGCGGUAUCUCUCGCUGACCCCUCUGGGGGUCCUGUCUUGUCUCACUUCUCCACAGUCCUCCCGUGUCCGGCGGCUCCCUCUGGCACCCUGUCUGGUCUCUACCUCCCCUCGUUCUCUAUGAGCCUGGUGAGUGGUGCUGACCUACAGGAUGGGGGAGUACACCAGUUCACUCCUACGCGUCAGCGGGUGACGCACUGCACAGAGGCUAGCAUAGGCCGACACCUGGCUACGUUUACCCGUCUGCCGGGGUCGAGCCUGUACACACUGACCAUUGCGUCUCCUCCAGUUGUUGAGUCUGGUAGGGUCGCUGCGUCGGGUCAAGCGUUUGCUGCAGCGUCCAGGUCUGGUCCUGAGUCUGCCCCCUGUUCGUGUCGUCUCCUGUCUCACGAGACUCUCCUCUGGCACCACCGCCUUGGUCACCCCUCUCUGCUUCGACUCAGAGUCAUGGCCUCCCGUCUUCUUGUUUCUGGUCUCCCUCGGUCCCUCCCUCCCCUUCCUCAGGGCCCUGGCCCUACCUGUGUCCCCUGUGUCGAGGGGCGCCAGCGGGCUGCCCCUCACUCCUUCCAGUUUCCUCCGACAGAGGCCCCGUUGCAGACGCUUCACAUGGACGUGUGGGGCCCAGCCCGCGUCCGUGGACAGGGUCACGAGCGCUACUUCCUGCUCGUUGUUGACGACUACUCGCGUUACACCGCAGUAUUCCCCUGCGCAGCAAGGGUGACGUCACUGAGAGGCGGAGAGUUUUCUUCUGGCCUUCUGAGAGCCUACUGUCAUGCACAAGGAAUCCGUCAGACCUUCACGCUUUCGGACUCCCUGCAGCAAAAUGGGAUUGCUGAGCGCCGCAUUGGCAUGGUCAUGGACGUCGCCCGUACGUCCAUAAUGCAUGCGGCUGCUCCCCAUUUUCUGUGGCCGUUUGCGGUGAGGUACGCGGUGCAUCAGAUCAACCUACACCCCAGGGUCUCCAGGCCGGAGACCUCCCCAGCCUUGUUGCGGACGGGAAAGGUUGGCGAUGCGUCGGCGUUCUCGGUCUGGGGAUCUCGAGCGUUUGUCCGCGACUUGUCUGCGGACAAGCUGUCCCCUCGUGCUGCUCUUUGCGUCUUCCUGGGGUUCCCCCCUUACGCGCCUGGGUGGCAGUUCUACCACCCCACCUCUUGCCGUGUUCUGUCCUCCCAGGACGUCACGUUUGACGAGUCGGUCCCCUACUACCGCCUCUUCCCCUACCGCAAUUCGUCCCUCCCCCCGCCGCCGCUCUUCCUUGUAGACGCAGUCGAGCCUGACGAGGUCAGUGGUGACUCUGGUGCUGCUGAGGGUGCUGAGCCUGGGGGUGCUGACUCUGGGGGUGCUGAGCCUGGGGGUGCUGCGACUGGGGGUGCUGAGCCUGAGUGUGCUGAGUCUGGGGGUGCUGAGCCUGGGGGUGCUGAGUCUUGGGGUGCUGCGCCUGGGGGUGCUGAGCGUGGGGGUGCUGAGCCUGGGGGUGCUGAGCCUGGGUGUGCUGAGCUUGGGGGUGCUGAGCUUGGAGGUGCUCCGCCUGGAGGUUCUCCGGGUGCUUCGUCUCUGCGGGAGCCACUCUCUCCACGGGAGCUGCGCGAGUGGUUUGCCCGGCGCUGGAGGCGUGCUGCUGGUGUUGGAGGUUCUUCGGCUACUGAGGGUGCUGCUGUAGCGGGUCCCGGAGGUGCUCGUACUGGGAGUACUGGAGCUGCUGGGCCUGCGGGUUCGACUCGAGCUGGUGCUGCUGAGGGUGUUGGAGCUGAGACUACUGCUGGCGGUCCUGCUGCGGGUACUCCUGGUACUGCUGGAGGUUCUGGCGCUGUUGGAGGAGCAGCUGGAGCGGGUGCUCCUACUGAGGGUUCUGGUACUGUACCUGCUGUGUCUGGCGUCGCCGCGCGGCCUCGACCGUACUUCGUUCCACUCCUGCAGCAGGUUCUUGGUCUUCCGCCUUCUACUGGUCCUCCUCCUUCUUUAGGGUGUCCACAGCCAGUCCCGUCACAGUUACAGUUGCAGCCUACCUCCCCUUUGCCUACUCCUUCUCCCUACACUGGUCCUACUAGAGGUCUUACUAAGCGUCUUGAGCCUGCGUCUCGCCUUGCGUCGCCUGACCGUACUGCUCGCGCUAGUGGUCGUGGUUCGCGUCAGCGUCCUCCUCCUGUCCCUGGCACGCACAGGAUGUCUCUGCGUCCGUCCACUGCUCCUCUGCGUGCCCCUUUACCUUCUCCUCCUGAGUCCUCUCUUCCUGCUUUUGCCGACCCGGAGUCGGACUCUCUUCGUGCUGCCAUUCCUACUGUCACGCGUCUCCUGGCUACUGUCGUCACUGACCCUUCUUUCGAGUCCACUGCUGCGUCUGCCCUAGUUGCUGAGCUCGUCGACUUUGCUGCUCGCUGUUGCCUAGACUACGCUGCUAGUCUUGUCGCUGAGUCUGAGUCUGUAUGUCCUCCGUCCGUCGGGGGUGAGUGUGCCCUUGGCACGGACGUCCUUGAGGACAAGCAGGAGGAGUUCCAGUGCUUGGCCGCUGCUUCACCUCAUCUCGUGUCCGUACUGCUUACCCCUGAGGGAGACCCGGAUGCACUUGACAUCCCGACUCCGCGCUCUUACGCGGAGGCGAUAGAGGGUCCCUACUCCUCUCAGUGGCAGGCAGCUAUGGAUGCAGAGAUGGCUUCCUGGAAGUCCACAGGCACCUACGUUGACGAGGUUCCCCCACCUGGGGCGAACAUCGUCAGUGGCAUGUGGAUUUUCAGGGUGAAGCGGCCGCCAGGUUCCCCGCCUGUCUUCAAGGCGCGGUACGUGGCUCGUGGCUUCAGUCAGCGGCAGGGAGUUGACUACUUUCAGACCUUCUCUCCCACCCCGAAGAUGACCACUCUUCGGGUGCUGCUGCACAUAGCCGCCCAGCGCGACUACGAGCUUCACUCUCUUGACUUUAGCACUGCUUUCUUGCAGGGCAGCCUGCACGAGGAGAUCUGGCUGCGCCGCCCACCUGGCUUCACUGGGACUUUUCCUCCUGGCACCCAGUGGAGCCUCCGGCGGCCAGUCUACUGUCUCCGCCAGGCACCGCGUGAGUGGCACGACACACUGAGGACUACACUUGCGGCUCUUGGGUUUGCUCCCUCUACUGCCGACCCGUCGCUGUUUCUACGCACCGACACUUCUUUGCCGCCGUUCUACAUCCUCGUGUACGUCGACGACUUGGUCUUUGCCACAGCUGACACUGCUGGACUCGCCUACGUGAAGUCCGAGCUGCUGAAGAGACACACGUGCACAGACCUGGGUGAACUGCGCAGCUACCUUGGCUUGCAGAUCACCCGGGACAGAGCACGCCGCACCAUUACCCUGACUCAGUCACACAUGGUGCAGCAAGUCCUUCAGUGCUUCGGCUUCACGUACUCCUCGCCUUAG